GCCAUGAACGUUCAUUGACCACGUGAACAAUCUCCUUUUACUAUAGAUAUUGCUUUACGCAUUUACCAGUUGAUGUAAUUAAACCCGAGCAGUCACGCGACGCCAGUCAGUCCCCAAACACAAGUUCACCCCAAAAUUCCUGUGAAUAUCUCCUCUCCCUGGGGCCCUCGAUAAAUAAAAAAUUUCUAACAUCGCGGUACGACUUUUUAGCAAUCACUCAUCAAUUGGUGAAUGCGCAAAAAAAAAGCGCAAUUAUUCUCAAUUGCGUAAUUGUGUUUGUGAGUAGUUGCUGUCAUGCAGACGCUGUGAAGCAAGCGGUAAUAACUGUUUCUGAAUUUUCUGAUUGAAAUAUUGUAAAAAUGGGACAACAAAGAAAAUUGAUGACUGGGCUAUUUUUCCUCGGGUUUAUGGUCCUGCAGAGUUCAGGAGUUGUCAUUAAUCGACCGAUCGAGACACUCAAUUUCUCAUCAGAAAUGGAAAAGACCUUCGAGAGCGAUUCGGAAAAAAUUUCCGCUUCCGUUAAUGAAGGACGGAUCGGGGACACAGAUAGAGUGAAGGUAACGAAACUAGUAUGGACUGCGGAAGAUGGAAAAUGGCCGGAUGAAGGGUUAGGGCCAUCGAGACUCAGGAAGUUCGGAUCAAUAUUCGAUAAUAUGGACUGCUUUGGCUGUAAUGCCGCAAUAUAUUUCGUACAAAAUAUAAUUAAGACGGUGGGUGCACUUGACGAUAAAACUGGCCGUACUCUUGUCAGAGAAGCUAUCAUCACGGGAUGUAAGGCACGUCUGAAUAGUGAAGUCUGUAAUGGCCUCGUCGAAGAAUUCGUGCCUUCAUUGUACUACAUCUUGAAGACGACGAAAAUGGGGGCCAAGGAGACAUGCAGUUUUAUAAUGAGCAACGAGUGCGAAUAUGUCCCUGACUCCGAGUACGAGUGGAACGUGCGUUUUCCCCGGAUUCCAAAACCAGCGGUUGUCGAUUUGACUACACCAAAGACAGGAGUAAAACGCCUGAAGGUUCUACAGCUAUCGGACAUUCAUUACGAUCCGUAUUACCAGGAAGGAGCGAAUGCCAACUGCGGCAAUCCUCUCUGCUGCAGAUCGAGCAAUGGCGAACCACAGAAUCCUAGGGAUAGGGCGGGGAAAUGGGGUGAUUACAGAGGAUGUGACACCCCGAAGAGAACGCUUGAUCACAUGUUGAAACACAUACAGACUAUUCAUUCCGAUAUUGAUUAUAUUCUGUGGACAGGUGAUCUUCCUCCUCACGAUAUUUGGAAUCAAACGCGCGAGGGAAAUCUUCAAGUCCUUCGGGAUAUAAUGGAUGAUUUGAAAAUAGCAUUUCCUAAUGUGACAAUUUUCCCCGCUCUCGGUAAUCAUGAGAGUGCACCAGUCAAUAGCUUUCCAACUAAGUACGUUCCAUCGGAAUACAAUAUCUUCUGGUUGUACGAUGAAUUGGAUAAGCAGUGGCAACGGUGGUUACCACGCGGUGCAUCUGGUACUGUGAAACGUGGUGCUUUCUACUCGGUUCUCGUCAGACCUGCAUUCAGAAUAAUUUCGGUCAACACGAAUUAUUGCAAUGAUAAAAAUUUCUGGCUGUUGAUGAAUAGUACGGAUCCAGCUGAUGAACUCCAGUGGCUGAUUGAUGAGCUUCAGGGUGCGGAGAACAGAAGCGAGAAGGUACACAUCAUUGGGCACAUGCCACCAGGCACCUCUGAAUGUCUCAAAGUCUGGUCUGCCAAUUAUUACAGGAUCAUCAACAGAUACGAGUCAACAAUAGCCGCCCAAUUCUUCGGUCACACCCACUACGACGAGUUUGAAUUAUUCUACGACAUGAAAAAUAUCACACGUCCAGUGAGUGUUGCGUACGUCGGGCCAUCAGUGACGCCAUAUGAUCGUCUCAAUCCUGGAUACAGAAUUUAUUACAUCGACGAUGAUGAGGCAUCACCAUCGAGGCAGGUUAUCGAUCAUGAGACCUGGAUCAUGGAUCUCGAGAAAGCCAAUGCUCGUGGCUUUCCCACUUGGCGCAAAUUGUACAACGCUAAACGCGCGUACGGAAUGCAAUCACUUCAGCCGAGGGAUUGGGAUGCAUUGCUCGAUAAAAUGAUUGAUAAUCCCAAUAUAUUUUAUCUGUACUAUAGGUUCUAUUACAAAGACUCACCUGUUCGUCCUCAAUGUGAUAUAAAUUGCAGACAGCAACUCCUGUGCGAUAUUAGAAGUGGGCGCAGUCGUGACAGAGAAGUUCUCUGUCCAAAUCUCCAACAAAAAUUGCAAGAGGUCCCCCACAAAAAAUUCGUAAUUGACGAAAUACUUUCCAACGAGAUCGACGCUCAUGUCACAUAAUUACUGCAAUUCUGCAAUUAUUCCAAAGAUCAUUACUGCCACAUUUAUAUUUCACUCUCUCAUUCUCCGUUACAUGACAUUUUUUACUUCUAUUUUUUUCUUUAGAGAUUAACUCAAUUUUUGCGGUAAUAAUUAAAAGAUCAUUAAAUGAUAAUUACGAU